AUGGCUUCAUUCGACGGCAAAGUGAUCGCAAUCACUGGCGCGGGCUCUGGCAUGGGCCUUGCCACGGCAAAGCUCCUCGCCUGCCGCGGCGCGAUUGUGUCACUCGCAGAUAUCAACGAAAACGGCCUGAAAGCUGCGUUCGAGUCGCUCACGGGGAGUGACAAGCACAUUUACACCGUCGUCGACGUGCGUCACAGCUCAUCAGUGGAUGCAUGGAUUCAGUCCACAGUCCAGAAAUUGGGCAGAUUGGACGGUGCCGUGAACAUGGCUGGUAUUAUCACACCGGCUACACCGAUUACAGAAGUCAGCGAUCAAACCUGGGACUUCAAUUUCGCAGUUAACACGCGCGGAGUCUUCUUCUGUUUGCGUGCGCAGCUGCGGGCUAUGACUGCUGGUGGCAGCAUCGUCUCCGCAGCAAGCGUCUUCGGUCAGUUUGGAUCUCCCGGUGUCUCUCCGUAUUGCGCAAGCAAGGCCGCUGUAAUUGGGCUCUCAAGAACGGCGGCAAAGGAAAAUAAACACGUUCGAGUCAAUUGUGUCUCGCCAGGCUCGGUCAACACUCCCAUGUCACAGGGAGAAGACCCGGAGGACGUGAAGCGCGGUCUGGCAGUCACAGCACAGAAGCGACGCGCAGAGCCGAUCGAAGUGGCCAACGUCAUUGCAUUCUUGCUGAGCGACGAUGCGUCCUUUGUGACAGGCGCAGUUUACAAUGUGGACGGCGGAUGGGUUUGCUGA